GUAGAAAGUUAAGUUCAAUCAUAAAAAUACAAGAUGAUCUUCCCCGUGGCCCUCAUUUCUGUCAUUACCCUAAUUUCCGCCUCCUUGGGAUCGGAAGAAUCAUGCUACCUCUCCGAAGAGCAGGAAGAUCAAUGUGCAUCGGUUUGUUAUCCAAUCGUGAAACCUCUACUACGCUAUUUUGAGAAAACUAAUGAAAAGGAUGCCCAGCUCCUAAGAUGCAAGACAGACUAUUCGGAACUUCAGAAACGAUACUCGGAUUUGCAGAGCGAGGAUCUAAAACAAUAUGCCCAGAUAUCCAAAUGCCAACUGGAUUUUUCGGACUUGGUGAGAAAGCAUUCGGAAGUGCAGAGUCAACUUAGUGAUGAGAAAGUUAAAAAUGCGCAGUUGCAUUCAAAGCAGCAGGAAGUUGACAAUCUAAUAAAUCAGAAAAAUAAGGAAAUCGACCUCCUAAAAGAUCAAAUAAGGGAACUAAAAGAAAAAACGAAGGCAUUGCCAAGUUGGAAAAAAUAG